UAUUUGUCGUGGCAAAUAAACGUAAAACCGGCUUAUUGAAGUAAAAUGCGCCUACAAAUUUUUCUGCUACGGCAUUUAGCGAUAAUACCCCAUAUAGCGGUGUAAGUUGUAUAACGAACCGCACUAGGUGAACGAUUUCAGCGCAAAUCUCACCAUUGACCUUUUUUAACAAUCGCGAUUUUUCUGUAAUGGCUUCGCGAUGGAUUAGCGUAGCCCUGUGCGGCUGUCUGUACUUUGUUGUUACAGCGUUUGACCUGGAAAUGGACUGCAACUCGUACAACACAUCCCAACCAGUCAACGUUACCCCGUUGACGGAUGCAGUUCCAUUCCGUCGCGAUCGACUCAGGCUCGAAGAAUGUAUCGUUUAUGCUAAUAAAGGGUCGUCAAUCUGCAUGAUAGUACCAGGCAUCGAAGCCUGGAUGAUGAUCGGCACCGAUCCGCACGAGAAUAAUCCCACGCGAAGAAACUACCUCGCCGCGGAAUGCCGCUUUCAAAAGCGUCCAGUGGUCGCCGAGACCACCAGGACCAUCCGUCUCAACAAUCCCACGGUAGCCGUAACACUGUCGCUCACGGACGGAACAGGGAACAACAAUUCGUUGACCUUUGAUGUGAUUGAUCCGGUUAGGAAUCAAACAAUUGACUUGGGGGUGGAGUCAUGUGUGACCACUGACGUAAACCGGCGAAUCUACGACGUGGGCGUGUUACCGAAUUUGUUCGUUCUGACGGUUUCGUGGUGUCGGAACUUGACGGUGAUGAAGGAGGAUUUUAGUCGUAUGCCGCGCAUUCGGAUGAUACUGUUCACGAUGUCAACAAUUACGUCUUUGGAAGCUGGGACAUUCAUGGAUCUGCCGGAUCUGCACAGUCUCAUCUUGGAGCGGAAUCUGUUCAUGAUGGUGCCGGAAAUGCUCACCAACAUUACCAACCACCGCCAGGAGCAGAAGCUCUCCAGUAUUGGCGAUACCAGGGAUUUUGUGCGCCGUCUACACUGCGAUUGCUCAUUGGGUUGGCUGCGAAACCUGCAGAAGAAAAAGCCCUAUCUGAUUGGUAACCGUGAUGAAGGGGAAGUGAUUACCGUUGGUGACUAUAAAUCUCCCGAGGUGUGGAAGAGCAGAGACGCUCUCAGUGUGGACUGCUCCAGAGAGGUGGAUGCAGAUAAUAUUUUCAAUGGAAAGGGGUUUUCUUACAAUACAACGUGUUAUACAUUGGUGUGCUAACAGCGGUAAUGGAAAUGACUCAGUUCAUGGAGCCAACUUUUUGUAUACAAGGAGUCCACUAAAACGCGCUGUAGUUUGGAAUUGGGCGUAACCAGUGAAUUUGUAUUUAUCGUUGUGUUGGUGCGUUAGA